AUGGCCGCCACCGCUGCCCUGGUCUUUGCAGGGAAGUCGAUCGCGACGCCUGCCAUCUCGUUCAUCGUCAACAAGGCGUUCAGCUACCUCAGCGAGUGGCACCAGGCCGAGGGCAUGGAGGCCGUCAAGGAUCGGCUUCUGCAAAGACUCUCAGAGAUCCAGGCAGUGUACGCCGCUGUCAACCUCGAGCAGAUUGAAGCACAGAAUGGCAGUGCACUGAACCGGUGGCUUUGGCGGUUCCGAGAUGCGGUUGAGGGUGCUGAGGAUGCACUUGAUGAGGUAGACUACUACAAACUGGAGGAAGAGGCACAUGCACGAAAUCUUCAACAUCAGGUACGCAAUCCGGUCAUCAGUUUCAUAAGAGAAAGAGUAGUUGAAAGAUUCGUGAGGCAUGCCUCUGAAGGAAAAAUGGUGAAGACGCUAAGGAAGGCUUUGGAGGAUUUAGAUGGAGUUGCAAAAGGUGUGUGCACAUUCCUUCAACUCAUCAGCCGUUUUGACACUCAUCCCUUAAUCGGCCAUGCUGAAAGCAGCUAUCAACAGACCAGCUCUGCUCUGACAGCUACUGAGUUCUUUGGCCGUGACAGGGAGAAGGAACAGAUCAUGAGGUGGUUGACUGAUAAGUUGGAUGAAGGUUCAAGCACUUCUAGAAAUAGCACAAUUCCAGUGUUUGCAAUAAUCGGAAUCGGAGGUAUAGGGAAGACCACCCUUGGUCAACUUGUGUGCAGAGAUUUAGAAGGUUCAUCUCAUUUUGAGAUAAUUGUGUUGGCACAUGUGUCUGGUAAUACCUUCAGUGUAACGAGGAUAACAAAGAAGAUCUUGGAGGCAAUUACAAAACAGAAGCCAAAUGCUGAAACUUUGCAAGCAUUACAGCAAAUUCUCAAACUGGAACUCGAGAAUAGGAAGUUUCUGCUUAUUCUAGAUGAUGUUUGGGAAGACGGCCAAAGGAUGGAAUGGGAACUAUUAAUGGCUCCUUUUCAGACUAGCCAAAGAGGAAGCAGGAUCCUGCUGACAACCCGAAUGCAAUCUGUGGCAGAUAUGAAAGUUGCAUUUGAAGAUUUGAAAGCUGAAGAUUACACACAUCUCUUGCGAGUAGCUAAAAAAAUCGUAUUGAAGUUUCAAGGGUGUCCAUUGGUGACAAAGAUUGCGGGUGGUUAUCUGAAGGAAAACGUCAGUGAACAAUAUUGGGAGAACUUGCACACACAACUUGAACAGUUAGAAGGGAAAUUGGAUGUUAUCGUCAUGACUGUUCUUCGAUCAAGCUACCGGCAUCUACCUGAAGACUUGCAGCUUUGUUUCAGAUACUGCAGCAUAUUUCCAAAAAAUUAUAUGUUUAAGAAGGACGGAUUGGUGAAAAUGUGGAUGGGCUCAGGACUGAUUCAUGUUAAAGGUGGAAUGGAGAGGCCAGAAGACAUUGGUGAAGGAUACUUGGCACAAUUGACAAGAAAAUCAUUCUUUUCUUUUGUGCCAACAGGAGAUCCUUACAGCAAACACUACACCGGAUAUUACAUCAUGCAUGAUUUAUUGCACGAUUUGGCACGCAAUGUUUCUUUUAGUGAAUGUGUAAGACUUGAAUAUGGUGAUUAUAUGCAUGACAGACAUACAGUCAGACACUUAUGGAUUGCAAAAUUCAGCAAGUUAACAAUUGAGGAGAUUGAGGCAAUACCAUUCUUCAAGAAUUUGCGUACACUUGUCAUAGAAAGCUCCAGUGAUCUUGGCAUUGUACAUGUACAUGCACUGGAGAGAGCUGUAGAAAACUUGAAGGGCUUGCGGUUAUUGAUCUUAAAAAGGGUACCCAAGUUCUGCUUUGCAAAAGAAGUUGCUAAUAAGCACCUUCGUUAUGUCUCUUUCUCUGGGAUGCAGGAAGUACAAGGACUUUCUAAGCUCUAUCACUUGCAAAUACUUGCUUCGGAGAGGAGUAUUAACCUAGGGCCAGAGCAAUUGAAGAAGCUUGGAAAUCUUUCUCGUCUGAGAUAUGUGUCUUAUGGAAUUAAUGGAUUUGGUGAGUUUUUUGUUGUUGGACUAUCUUCCCUUCAGGAAUUGCACAAUUUUCAGGUUCAAGAGAAGGAAGGGUACCAAAUACAUUCCUUGAGAAAUUUAAGCAAACUUUGCAAGUUGAAGAUGUGCAACCUUGAGAAUGUUAGAAGCCAUAAAGAGAUUAUCAAGGCCAAGCUGAGUGAAAAAUUCCACCUUAGAUCACUAUCACUUAACUGGUCUGAGACCAAUGAUGCCCCAAAGGAUGAAGAUGACCGGAUUCUUGAUCAGCUUGAACCACAUACUCGCCUUCAAAAUCUUGAAAUUGCAUGUUACAAUGGUGUUCGAUUUCCAUCUUGGUUUAAUCACCUGUCCCUCACAAAUAUGGUGUCACUAGAGCUGCGAAGGUGUGGAAAGUGGGUGCGCCUCCCAGCCUUUGGAAAACUGAAGUUGCUCAAGCAUCUUGAAUUGCAAAAACUUACUGAACUGAAACAGAUAGGCAUAUCACCUGAUGUUUCCUUGCCUCAAAAUCUGAAAACUCUGGUGGUGGAAGGUUGCAAAGAAUUGAGGGAGCUGCCACUUCUACCUCCUAGUUUAGUUCAAUUGGAAAUCAAUGAUGUUGGAUUGAGCACCCUCCCAAGAAUCGAGGAGCGACAUGGUACCAACAUGGGUUCUGAAGGCAUGCCACCUAAGCUAGUCUUGGUUAUCAUCAGAGAAUGUCCAAAUUUAACUUCUCUUGAAAGGAGCUUUCUACUGCAGGAACACUAUGUACGUGCUCUUCGGAUCCUAAGCAUUGUUGAUUGUGUAGGAUUAAUAACUGCACCUUUGUUAUUUGGAAAAAUGAACCAGCUCACAGAAUUUCGUAUUGGUAGCUGUUCCAAAUUGGAAAUAAUGAGAAAUCCUGAAGAUAAGCAAUUUUCCAUUCCCAACACACUCAAAGAACUCUCCAUGGUGGAGUGUCGUGGCUUCGAAGUUCCACUGCUGAACUCACUGUUUGGUCUGACUAACCUCACUUCAUUGAAUUUGUGCGAUUGCGCCAAGGUGGAGUCCCUUCCAUCACCACGGGUGUUCACAAGUCUUCAGGCACUGCGAGAGAUUUUUGUGACAAGGUGUAGUUCUUUGUUAAGCCUGGGUGGGAUGGGAGUCCUGCCAUACCUUACCUGGCUGGAAAUCACAGGGUGCCCAAGCCUUCACAGAGACGAGUACUACAGUUUCGGUAAACAAAGCGAAUCAUUUCCACAGUGGAUUUCCCCAUCCCUUGAAACGAACAAGGGUUAUCUAACAUACAAGAAAAGAAAAGGGUAUAUUACUGCAUCGUCUUAG